AUGAUUGUGACAUAUUUUAUCGUCAAUAAGCUAGGGACAGUGAUAUACCAGUCAAGGCAGUCAAACAGUCUUACAAAUACUACAGAGAGUCAUAGAAUACGUUAUCUUCCACUUCUUGUCAUUAAAGAUCUGAUCAAGGCUAACUUGAAUGACAUUCUGGACCAUAUAAGAAUAGGAAACAAGACAGUGGUCUUUAGGGAGCAACAAAAUUUGAUGUAUAUUGCCUGUACAAACAAGAAGCGUGUUCCUGUUUCUUUAUUACAACUUCACUUGAGAGUGAUGCAUCAUUUUAUCAAAUUUCAUUAUGGUCCUCAUUGGUCUUUACAGCUUGAAGGAAAUAGUAGUUCUCGUCGAAUAAGCAUUAGUUUGUCUGACAUCAGUGCAUGUCUAGCUCAAUUACCGUUUAUUUAUCAGAAAUUAUCGACAAGAUCAAGUGAUUGUCUAUGCCUGAGUGAACAAGUCCAAGUCAGUGAGGAUUUACGCUCUCGACUGACUGAGAACAUGAUACAGUGUUGCAAUACAGCCUUUGUACAUCAUUACCAUAAAAACCACUUUUUUUCAUCCCCUACUAUGCAUUCUAUAGAUCAGCAUGAAUCUUCCACUGCUACUUGGUCUUGUUGCUUUCUAUUUGCUCGAGAAAAGUUAGUUGCCCAAAGUUCAAAAGACUUACCAGACGAGUUUGUUUAUUUUUGCAAGUUAAUGGUGACACAGUAUUUACAAGAAAAGCAUGAAUCAGGCAUCCAUCAAACAAGAACAACCACUUUACCCCAAGAUAUAUCCCCCUCUAGAUCAACAACUACCCUCAAUCAUACUUCAUCCCCUUCUUCAUCUAAAUCUGAGGCAUCCAGCAUCCAAUCUUCACUUGCAUAUGUCUAUGACGCCAACUCAAAUACGGCUCCAUUUAAAAUACGAGAGAAAUCAGCUUCUUCUGUUACUGUUGUCUCAUCUGAUUCUUCUAUCUCUUACUGGAGUACACCCUUAGUACACACCAUCAAAACACCACAGCGUGUUCCCUCCAAUGUCCUUAAACCACACCAUCAAUUGCAUCCCUCCAUGAUUUCUGAUAUCCUCAAUAUGGACGAACCUUAUACCUCUUUCUUAUCCAGCAGUGUUCCUUCUCAAGUAACACCCAUUUCACCCAAGAGCCCUACUUUGAUCUCUUCAGCACCUUCUUCACCUACUCAUAGUCGAUCUCGGUCUAUAAGUUUGUCUCAGGAAGACUUUUCCUUGAAACAUUUGUUGACUAACUUGAUCAAAGGAGAAACAAGUUAUUUAGACCAAACAGAAGAUGUUAAACUUGUUCGAAGAUGGGUCAAACUAGAUGGACAUGUCUAUUUAGCUAAUUUUAUCCUUGUACUUAUACACCAAGAACUGUGUGCGAUUGUUGUCUGUAAAGAUGAUCCUGAGCGGAUAUCGUACUCAAAUACAAAACUACAUUCAAAAAAUGUAUGGAAACCCAUGUCAACUCAAGUCAAGCGAUUCAAGUCUAGUUUAAGGUCUUGUCUAAAAGACUUUAGUAGUUUUUUAUUGACCAAAGAAGCCACGCAUUUUACGAAUCUAUCGUUUGCUACGACGUAUCCUGGCCUGGUCCAUUUCUGUCAUUUUGACAAGGGGAUUAUGACCAGUCCUUCUGUUGUUGAUCUUAAUGAGUUGGAUAAAAAUCAUGAAUUAUUACAUGAAGUCUAUAGUAGAUAUAAUACAGACAGAUGUCCAUGGGUGUGGCCUAAUGAACCCACACUUAAAAAACUGCAUGGUUCCUCCAGAUAG